AGUAAUUUACAGCUCGCCAUUUGAGGAUUGCCAAGUCUGUGGUUUCAAGGACGUAGUCUUUCAGAGCUGCCCAAACUGUGCAGAACUGAGAGUACUGUUGGGAAAUGGCAACGCGGGAGCAACUCAGAGGUCGAUGCUACCCGCACUGUCUCACAACAGACCUCUGUUGAAGUGCAGAAAACUGGGCAUGCGAGGUCUGCGUUGCAGAGAGGUAUGCCAGUUUUGGGAGGGGGAGGGAGUGGUCCAAGCCCACUAGUGUCGCCAGAGAAGAAGCUGAGAAGGAAACAUCAAGAGAUAGGGAAAGGAGAUGUAGAAGAAGAGGAGAAAUUUUUGGUGGACGAAGAGAAAUUUAGUGUAAAGAAGAGAACUUUCGUAGAAAGGAGAAAUUGUGUAGAAGAGAAGAAGAAGUGUCGUGUAGAAGAGAAGAAGAAAGGGUUUGUAGAAGAAGAUAAGGAGGUUUUAGUUGAGAAGAAAGAAGAGAAGUGUCUGCCGGACGCUAACGUAUCCCGUUGGCCGAACCGCAGAAUUGCGGUUGAGAAGAAAGAAGAGAAGUUGCUGCCGGACGCUAACGCAACCCGUUGGCCGAACAGCAGAGGUGUAGCUGAGAAGGAAGACGAUAAGUUGUUGCUGAACGCUAACGUAACCCGUUGGCUGAAUAGCAAAGUUUUAGUUGAGAAGGAAGAUGAGAAGUUGUUGCUGAACGCUAACGCAACCCGUUGGCCGAACAGCAGAGUUGUAGAAGAGAAAGAGUUGCUUGAAGAAGAGAAAGAGAAAGUUUUUGUAGAAGAGAAAGAGAAGUUGUUUGAAGAAGACGAAGAGAAGAGUAGUAGAGGUAGUGCAGAGAAGUCGAAUCUUGAACUGAUUCUAACUUCGAGUUUAUCAUCGCCCAUGGUUACAGAUCACUGUGAAGAUACGAAAGCACAGCCAGUCAUGUUGAGUCCAGCAGCUAACAGCCGUGGCAGGAUUAGGGAAACCCUAGCUCAAUACGAGAGGAAGAACGAGUCGGUCGAGGAAUCGACAUUCUUACCACUUACAAAAUUGCAGACUAGAACCCAACCUCAACCGGCGUUACAGCCUGAUCAAGUUAACAGACAAGAUGCCAGUAGUACUUCAGGGUUUCAACCAGAUGAUAAAAUCAAGAAGUGUUCGGAGUCAGCAUUCCUGAAUGAAGAGAAAAUGCGUUGUAGAAGAAGAAUGUUGGAGAGUGAUGAAGAGAAGAAGACGUAUGCGAAUGCUGACGCAACCCGUCGGCUCAGCAACAUCGUAGUCAUGAAGCCAAGGACAACUGCUAGUGCUGUUACAGCCUGGCCGUCCAGUAGUGACGACGAGGAGGAGAAGAAGAAUAGUAGAUGUAGAGCAGUGAAGUUAUGCAGUAGUGUGAUUCCAUCCUCAAGUAACGAUUGUCUAUCAUCACAUAAGGCUACCGAUCGCCGUGAAGAUACGAACGUACAACCAGUCCAGUUAAAAUCAGCAGCUAACAGCAGUGGUCGAAUAAUGGACUCAAUAGCUCAAGACGAGGUGAAGAACGAGUCGGGAGAGAACCCGAGGGAUUCAUCGCUCUCAAUAUUGCAGCCCAGAGCCAAUUUUCAGCCGUUGUUACAGCCUGACCGAAUCAACAGACAAGAUGCCAGUAGUACUUCGGGAUUUCAGCCAGAUGGUGCAAUCAAGAAGAGUUUGGAAGCCUCAUUCGCAGAUGAAGGAGAAGUGUUGGAGCAGAAAGAUGUUGAAGAGAAGAUCAAGAAAGAAAACAUGGACGAGCAGACGAAGGAGGAGGUCGUGGGUUCGAUGGUUGGAGUGGAGAGAGAAGAUACUUGUGAACCUCUCAAGGACGAACUUACUGCCUGGGCCCUAACCGUAAAUGAGCCAGAAACGCCAGAAGUGCAGCACUCGUGUCUUGAGCCAGCUCAUGAAGAAGAGAGAGAUUCGAAAGCCAAAAAGGAGAGAAGAGUUUUCGUUUGGACAGAAGUCAGUUGCCGAACGGUUUUCGAUCGAGGAAAAAGUCUCAUGGAAGUAUACGUAGCAACCACGAUCACUAUGGCCACCAAUAAAGGCGUUUGGCCAGAGGACGUAAGGAGAGGUACAUAUCGAGCCCUCUUCGAUCGCGGCCGGAAUCACAGCCAAACUUACAGCCAGUUACAGCCAGUAAAAUAGAAAAGAGCCGAGAAACAGCCGAGUAGCCGUAAGCCCGCACGAGAGAGAGAGAGAGAGAGAGAUACCAGCCGCGCGACUACACACACACGCUGGAGCUCACGCACGCUCACACCUAAGCCGCUCGAGUCAGAAGAUAAGCCCGCCGCCGGGAGGGGGAAAACCUCGCGCCAGGCCGCGGCAGCAGAUACUGUACUGCUACUUGUAUGUGUGAGGCGUUGAGUGUGUGUAAAAAGAAUAUUCACCUAUGUAACCUAAAGAAUUAUUUAUUUGUAAUGUAUGACAUGAGAGGUGGUAUGAUACAGUGUGAAAACCCAACGAUCGCACGAGAAAACAUAUGUAAAUCGCCAAAUGUAACGGCACUAGACCGAUAACUAUGUAUUGCGCUUGUGUGAGUACUCUAGGGAGGUGUACCGUCGCGCCUCGGCCAGAGAAUUCGCCCACUUGAUUUUUCGCCGCAGCCCAGAGAACAUCCCUACGGUUGGCCUAUUGACUUGGAUUGCGGACUCAGCCCAAAAAGCAGUACUCCGGGAUUUUCAUAGUAAUUCGAAAGGUCGUGAUUUAAGUUUAGUUUUUCCGUUGUGAGUACGAGAGAGAAGGUCGAGAGAAAGUGUGGUUCAGUCUGCAAGCCGAAAGGUAGUACUUUGUGCUAAAUUACCACAAUCUUUGUAAUAUUUUGUCUAUCUAAGAAAUAAAGUCGGAAGUCGUGAGAGUCGGAGAGUCUGCCCGUGGUAGUUAGCUGAUCAGCCGAGAUUAAUAUUAUCGGAAGUGAGAGAGUGUUAUGAGAAAAACAAGCUUAGCGAGUAGUGCGUAAUUAUUGUCUUUGAGUUACGUUCACGAAUAAUAUUGACAGUCGAGAUUACCGCCGGAGUUAUUUCAUUAAAAGUCGUAAAGUGUUAUCAAAACGAGGGAUUUGUACUUAUUUUUCCUUAUUUUUCCCACGACCGAAUCUCCUCAGAGUACAAGAGUGCUCUAGUAGCCGCGGCAAAGCAGUUGAGAAGGUAAAGUAGUCCGACCUGGCGCCCCUUUUUCCUUCGUAUAAAUACGGUCGGACGUGAGUCAGUAUUAAUUAAUUAACGUAAAAUCUAC